GGAAUCAUGGAGUGGUUGGACAUAAUCUUUACUAUCCAGGGCGUUAUCGCUGUCCUUUACUUCUACGUGAAGUACAAGCAAUCUUACUGGGAACGCGAAAAAGUGCCUUAUGUCAAACCCAUGUUUCUCUUGGGUUUUGCCGGCGGAGGCUUCACCGACAAAAGACCACUCAAAGAUCGACUUCACAGUGUCUACAAAGAACUGAAGGCGAAAGGGAAGUUCGGAGGACUCUAUAUGUUCACGUCUCCCACUGUCAUGUUCACCGAUGCUGAGCUUGUGAAAGCUGUUCUCAUCAAAGACUUUCAAUACUUCGAUGACCGUGGAAUCUACAUUAAUGAAGAGAAAGAUCCCUUAUCAGCACAUCUUCUUUCUCUAAGCGGAAGCAAAUGGAAGAACUUGAGGGCUAAAAUCUCCCCAACAUUCACCAGUGGCCGAAUGAAGAUGAUGUUCCCGAUCAUUUGCGAAAUAUCCAAGGAGUUCGAGAAGACAUUCCAGACGGAAGCCGCCAAGGACAGUACAGUCGAGAUAAAAGAUCUUUUGGCCAGAUUCACGACUGACGUCAUUGGGAAUUGCGCAUUUGGUCUGGAGUGCAACAGUUUGAAGGAUCCGGACACUGAAUUUCGCAAGUACGGAGCUUUUGCCUUCAGCAAAAAGGGUCAUCACUCUUUCAGGCACGCCUUCUUGUUCACCUUCCCGAAAAUUGGGAAGUUUUUCAAUAUGAUGUUCACAAAUCCGAUACUAGCCGAAUUUUAUCUACGGAUAGUUCGUGAAACUGUCGACUUCCGAGAGAAGAAUAAUGUAACACGAAAUGAUUUCAUGAACCUUCUAAUUGGCCUUAAGAACAGCCAAGACGAGACCGAGAAAAUUACGUUCAAUGAAUUGGCAGCGCAAGCAUUUAUAUUCUUUCUGGCUGGAUUUGAAACUUCCUCAACAACUAUGAUGUUUUGUCUUUACGAAUUGGCUCUGAAUCCAGACAUUCAGGAGAAAACCCGAGAACACAUCAAUCAAGUUCUGCAAAAGCACAACAACGAAUUCACCUACGAGGCGAUGAUGGACAUGACUUACCUUGAUCAAGUUAUCAAUGAAACAAUGAGGAAGUAUCCUAUAUUGACCAAUAUAAUGAGGAAUUGUUCGCAAGACUACAAGAUACCGGACAGUAAUGUGGUGUUGAAGAAGGGUCUGAGAGUAUUCAUUCCUGUCUACGGUCUUCAUCACGAUCCCGAAUAUUAUCCAAAUCCUGACAAAUUCGAUCCUGAGAGAUUCACCAAGGAAGCUAUAGCUUCACGGCCACAAUGCGCUUUUAUUCCUUUUGGCGAAGGACCCAAAAUCUGUAUUGGAAUACGAUUCGGCAUGAUGCAAAUGCGUGUUGGGCUCGUGGCUCUUCUGCAGAGUCUGAAAUUCUCUCCUUGCGCUGAAACCGAAAUUCCUAUUAAAGGAUUUUCAAGGCACGCUCAAUUUUUGACGCUGGACAAAGGAAUUCAAUUGAAAGUCGAGCGAAUGUAAUUACUUUUUGCCUCUUCCACUCGUCCCUCAGGAAAAUCAAUAAAAUUAAUUAAAGUGGCAA